GAAGACCAGGUUGCUAACUGCAUUAAGCUUUUCUGUGUGCAGUCGUCGUGGAGAACAGCAUUUGGGUUAAAUAUUUUAGUGCUUUUGGGAAGGAUGCAUUCAGUUCAGACUCAGAGAGAGUUCAUCAGCCAUCAGGAGACUCCUGCAGAAGAAGAAUUAACAGAGUUUAAAGAAAUCAUGGUUAAGGCCGAGCAAGUGAGCGAUGAUCAGAGCAGACAGAUGGAUUUAACUCGGACAGCCCAGAAUAUCUCACACCGGAUAGACUCCUCGCCCCUUCAUGUUGUGAAGGAGGAUGAGCUUCUAGCGGAAGAGCUUCUCUUCAACCAAAAGAGCACCUCUGGUUUGGAUCAGGAGGAACCAGAAGUGUGUAGAAUAAAAGAAGAAUGGAAGAAGGAGCUGGGACACAAGGACAUAAAAGAAGAGCAGAAGGAGUUGGCUUAUCAGGAGGUAAAUGAAGAGCAGGAGCAGCCGGAACAUCAGCUGAUAAAAGAAGAGAAGGACAGUCAAGAUAAAGAGCAAGUUGUGGUGAAGUUGAAAACCGAUAUCUUCAUGGUGACUCCUGCAAGUAAUGAAAAAUACCACACAGAAUUAAACAGAACGUUACCUGUGUCUCAGGACUCUUUUGAGGCUGAGAACAAAGAUCACGAAGGAAAUAAUCAUGAAGAUUCAGGAUCAAACGGAGAUGAAGAGCUGAAGAGAAAUGAGAGCAGCUGGACCUCUAGAGAGCAUGUUGACAAUGUUGAUAGUACAAAACAAAGUGGACUCCGAAAAACUCAGGAUAAACAUUUGUAUUCUUGUAUAAUGUGCGAUAAAACAUUUACUGACAACGGUUCAUUGACUAAACACUUGAAAAUUCACACAGUUGAAAGGAUUUUUUCAUGUGAGAUUUGUGGAAAGAUUUCCAGUCGAAAAAGCCAUUUAGCUGUUCACAUGAGGACUCACACAGGUGAGAAGCCUUUCCCGUGCAAGAUUUGUGGCAAAGCUUUUGGUCAAAAAGGGCAUUUAAAUAUUCACAUAAGAACUCACACAGGUGUGAGGCCUUUCUUGUGCAAUAUUUGUGGAGACAGUUUUUGUGAAAAAGAUUAUUUAAUCACUCACAUGAAAACACACACUGGCGAGAGAUCUUUUACUUGUAGGAUUUGUGGAAAAGGUUUUAGUCGAAAAGGUGGUUUAGAUGUUCACAUGAGAAUCCACACGGGUGAAAAACCUUUCUCGUGCACGAUUUGUGGAAAAAACUACGGUGAAAAGGGCGUUCUUAAUGUUCACAUGAGAAUACACACAGGUGAGAGGCCCUUUUCAUGCAUGAUUUGUAGAAAAGCUUACGCUCAAAAAGGUCAUUUAACCGUUCACAUGAGAACUCACACAGAUGAGAGGCCUUUCUCCUGCACACUGUGUGGAAAAAGUUUCCAUUCCAAAGACAGUUUAACUGAACAUGUAAAUAUUCACGCAGGUGAGAAGCCUUUCUUGUGCAAGAUUUGUGGGAAAGCUUUCAGUCAAAAAGGUCAUUUAACUAUUCACGUAAGAACUCACACAGGCGAGAGGCCUUUCAAGUGCAAAAUCUGUGGUAAAUCUUUUAUUGAAAAAGGCGUGUUAACUGAUCACAUGAGCAUCCACACUGGUGCGAGGCCUUUUUUGUGUAAGGUUUGCGGAAAAGGUUGCCGUCUAAAAGGCGAUUUACGCCGUCACAUGAUAACCCACGCAGGUGAGAAACCUUUUGCCUGUGGGAUUUGUUUAAAAACGUUUACUCGAAAAAACAAUUUAACUUUGCACAUGAGAAGUCACACAGGGGAGAAGCCCUUCUCGUGCAUUAUAUGUAGAGAAAGUUUCUUUGAAAGGGAUAUUUUAACGGAUCACAUGAAAAUUCACACUGCUGAGAGGCCUUUUAUUUGUAAGAUUUGUGGAAAAGGUUUUGGUCGAAAAAGUCAUUUAACCCGUCACAUGAGAAUUCACAAAAGUCAGAAGCCAUUUUCCGGCACAUUGUGUGGAAAAAGUUUCCCUUUUAAGGAGAGUUCAGCUGAACAUGUAAAUAGUCACACAGAUGUGAGGCCUUUCACCUGCAAGUUGUGUGAAAAAUGUUUUCCUGAAAAAUGCAAUUUAACUCUUCAUAUGAUGGUUCACGCGGGUGAGAAGCCUGUCUCCUGCUAGUUAUCAGGGAAAAAGUAUUUUAGAAAGAUUUUUUAGCCAUUCACAUCAUAAUUCACAGGCCAGAGUCUUUUUAGUGCAUAAUGGGGAAUUAAAGUUGCUGUUAAACAUUAACCUAACUGAACACGUUGGAAGACAUAGCGGUAAGGUGUAAAAAAGUAAAUAUGCUAUACAUGUGAGGAGUUCUACAAGUUAUAAGCCAAAGCUUUUAUGACGAAGAAAAAUGUUUUGUCCUUUAAGUUAUAAUAGUCAAGCAGGCUAGAUGCCUUUGUAGUCUGCUUAAAGCAGCAAUAAGCGAAAUUUCAUUGUUUUGGAUAAAACAAAAAAAUGGUUCUGUGAAAAACUAAAAGUGUCUUUUUAAAUGGAAUAUGUUAUGACGUCACAUAACAUCUCUCUGUGUGGUUCUCCAGUCUCUUGUUUACAUUUACGGGCUGGUUGCGCGUGCAUGUACGUGCACAGCUGCCACUCAGGGCUUAGCUCCCUUAACCCUGCCUAUAAGUCGGAGCACGUCCAGCAGAUGCAAACAUUCUCUUGCCAACACCAUUAUACAGUUUUGAGUUACUUCUUCACUAGACAUGUUCCUGAAAAAGGUGAUGCUGUUUUGCUGUGUGUUUAUCCUUGCAAAUAUGUGCAUAUGAGGCGAUAGGUGAGACAGGGAGGGUAAAGGGGGGUUGGGUUGCAGCUGGAGCAGAGGUAGAGAGAGGCAUGGCUUGAAACACAUCUUGUUUGGUCUACAGACAGAUCUCAUGCUCCACCUAGUGGUGAAAUAUCGCUUAUAGCUCCUUUUAAUACUAAAAUCUGCAGCUUGCCCUCAUAUAAUCUUUAAUGGAUGAUUUUCUUAUGUAAAGUUUAAUGCGAUGAUGUUUAUUGAUUCCACAGAAACUCUUGAAUUAAGUCUGCCUCUGUUGUCUUUAAAGUUGUUUAUGAUUAAAAAUGUUUUAAAUUC